GAAAACUUGUUCCUGUAGUCUAGAAUACUGUGGUACCUUUUAGCUGAGUGUAUGCCUAAAUUUUUUAAAAUCCGAUUAAUAACUAGCGCACGACUUCGGUUCAUGAACACAAAUUCGACGCUAUAUUAUAGACGUGCGUUGAAUCAACAUCGCAUUGUCAGCUGCUUAAGGACAGGUCUUCAACGACGGUUGUCGUGGGCUUUGCUUAGAGCCUAUUAAGGAAAUCGUUUCAAGAGCGCCAAGCUACCUAACAGCUGGGCGCCUCUGAAGGAACGUCGAGCUGCAAAACCCAAGCAGCUGCACCGUCACGGCUCAUCAGCAUAGUUGCCUGGCAGCCACUGCAAUCCUUGUGCUCCUGCUGACCCACGCAACGGUGCAGACUCUUUGAGAAGAUUCUGCGCGCAUUCUGUCAGUAGUACAGGCACAGACACAGCACUCAGUGCCGUACUUGCCUUCACACGUCGACUAGGCCUGCUUCACCAUAACGGCGCCGCUCCCCUUACCACUUGGGGGUAUUGCACCCACCCGGCAUUUGCUGCCCGGCGGUCUCAGCCCUGGUGGAGGCCAUAAGCAAGCGCUGUCUUCUAGGCUUAGGUUGGGCCUAGAGCCGCGUCGGGGACAGGCUGCAGGAAGCAGCAGAGCGCACUUUUUAGCAGCCUGGGAGUCAGCAAGCGGGGCAGCCUUCGGAGGCGCAGCAGGGGCAGUAACAUCAACACCAGGAUCAUCAACAGCAGCAGCAGCGGAGGCACCCUUACGCCGAAAGUUGCACGGGGUAGCAUCGAAGGCAGCCUUUGCAGGCGGAGGCUGUGCCUCCGCCACAGUCGCUGUUCCCCACCGCGUGGCUGCUGGGUUGAGAGCCACCGCUGCUGCUUACUCCACGCGCAGGAGCUUGCCAAGCGACGUAACAGCAGCCUGCAGUGGUGCUGACCUGCUGCCGGCCACACCAGCGGCCGCGGUUGUAACGGCAGCAGGAGUAGCGGUGGCAACUGGGACUGUUGCGGCGGUUCUGGAAGCGCAAGCAGCUGCUGUGGAAAAGUCGUCAUCAUCUUCACCAACGCCACCAGGAGCAGGAUCCGCAGCAGCAGGAGCAGCGGUAGCGGUAGCAGCGACCAUGAACAGUACAACAGCUGCUAGCGCAGACUUGGUGGCGAGUGGUGCAUUGGGAGCAGACGGGGGCUCUGGGGCGACUGGGACUGCGGACGUGGGCAGCGCCGGUGGCACUGCAACCUUAACUGCGUCUGGAGGCGUCGGAGGUCUAAGUGGCGGAGGCAGCGGCAGCACCAGCGGCAGUGGAGGCGGUGGCAGCGGCAAUGGUAUUGGAUUUGCUGCUGGCAGUGGCGGGAUAGUGACCGAAUGGCCGCCACCGCAAGAGCGUUUAGCGUCGGUGGUUGAGCGGCUCAGGGCGCGGCCUCAAGUCGAGUGCCCACCGGUAUCCUCCCGUUCUGCGGCGGUGCUUGUGGGUCUCUUUGAGGACGGGCUGGGUGUGGUGAGGGUGCUGCUGACGCAGCGCUCCUCGCGACUCAAGAGCCACACCGGGGAAGUCUGCCUGCCGGGAGGUAAGCGUGACGACACCGAUGCAAAUGACGUCGCAACUGCGCUGCGCGAGGCUGAGGAGGAGCUCGGAAUCGACCCCGCUCGGGUCACUGUCCUCGGCUCCAUGCCGCCUGUACUGUCCAAGCACCAUCUUAGCGUUACUCCCGUCAUGGCAUUAGUACCGCCUGACCUAGUACCGACACCCAGCCCGCAUGAGGUAGAGGCGGCUUUCACCAUUCCUCUCGCCGUCUUCCUCGGUCGGCUGAGUGACCCACGGGUCACAAACGGCGACGCGGUGUUGACCACUGCGGUGUCGGAUGCCGCCAUUGGGAUGGUCCGGCGCACCCGUCGAAGGACAGUGGAGGAUCCGACUGCAGCGUCGGCUGCAGCAACUAGGGCGGCGGCGGUGGCAGCGACCUCCAACUUCACCUUGUCGGCGACAGGAAUGCCCCUGGUCUGGCGGUCAGUGGCGGAGAACAGUGCGGGAUGUGCUCCUGGAGUUACGGGAGGAGUGCUGGGAGGCGCAGGAGGCCCAGCGAACAAGGCUGCUGUGCCCAUUGGGGAGGACAAGGUGUACGGCUCAGCAGUUCACACGUUUCGUGACGUGAACUGGAACGAGCACAUGUACCGAAUCCACUCCUUUGAGUACGGGGGCUUCAACGUUUGGGGCCUUACCGCCACGAUUUGCAUAGCAGCCGCACAACUGGCCCUCGGCAGAACACCCGGCUUCCAGGAGCUUUGCCCGAAUGGCAAGCCGUACAGUGCUUUCUUCUGGGAUGGGUCUGAGGUCCGCAUCCGCCCCUGUGGUGAAGCUGGUCAGCUCUCCUCCGCGGCGGUUAAGCAUUAAUUGUUAUAGUAAGGCGGGCCAUAGGGAGGGAGGCAUUUGUAGCGGUAUAGCAUGAGCACCGGCUAGUCCUGCGGUGCCUGGUGUCGGCCUUUUGCAGGCAGUGGAAAACGUGUAACGUGGCGAAAGAAGGGUAUGGCGAGAUGAGACGAUGGAUGGACCUGGAGGAAGAAACGUGGAUGCGCUGACAAGGAGUGAUGUGAUGCUGCUGCUGCCCAUGAUUAUGCAGUACCAGCUGGGACAUUUGGGGCGGUAGAAGAGAGUGACGCGUUUUUGCUAGAGAGAGUGAUUGCGUAAGUUUUUUCUCAACGCCUCCGCAAGUGUACAAACGCACAAUCACCAGUAGGACGGCAGCUAGGCGCGAAGCGUCGUCCUGCUGUUUGCCCUGGCGGCACAGGGUUCAGGGGCAGCAGUUCCACUGCAUUACACAAUGCUGACUGAGGGAGGGCCUCUUGACUACCACAUUGUAUACAUUGCCAAAGAAAAUAGUUAGUUGGCUCGAUCCGUUAGGAGCUUAUUCUUUGUGUUCGGUCGUUCAAGGGGGUUCAGCCCCUUGGUUACGUAUGAUGACCACUGGAAUAACGCGGCAUGCGCAUCAGUGACCCCAUGACACCAACUGAGCUGACACCCCUUAUGGGAGACGCUGACACGCGGACCUUGUUGAAGCUAUGUCUGGAAAGCUAAGAACCCCUGUGUUGCAAGCUGGCACCCCUUGUUUUGGAAACUGACACCCCUUGCUUGGAAGGGUGACAACCCUUGUUUGAAAGAGUUGACGUGCUGGGCAGCAUUAACAGCGACAUACAUAGGGCAACGUCGUAAGGAAGGCCUAUUCGCUAGGUGCGGGUUGUCAGUGUGCCUAUAUGUUCACCUUCUAUAACAGAUUACCUGUUCGGUGGCAUAAGAUCGCAGACGCGGGUCAAGCAUGGUGCCGCCGAAUUUCACAGGUCGUCGAUAAUUGACAUGUCGCUGUUACCAAUUCGCUCUAAACGGCACCAUUGAACCGUAUUACAGGAGCGGUAAACGAGAUGUCCGAUCAAGAAACUAUUUUUGAUGGCUGGUCAAACAUUUGUUUGAUGCGAGCUGAGCUUUGAGUGGCUUGCGAUCAUAAUUAUUCAUAGAUAGAAGGUAUACAUAUCACUUGUGUAUUUUAGAUAUGUCGAUUAUGAAGUACGUUUAAUGCUAUGGAUACGCACCGGGUAGAAACGCUGCAAGUAAAGAUGCACAGCAAAGGACUGAUGGAUCAACAAUGUUAGAAAGAACAUGGA